GCAAGUAAUUAUGGGCCAGAUCAAUUUCUUCUAGUCAAACCAUGGGCCAAAGAUGGGCUGAAACAGAACACUUAUUGAGCCGAGUCGGGCUCCAUAUUCAUCUUGUGCCAGUGAGGCGUCUGAAUGGACGACGGAGAUUUCCGCCAUCACAGCACGGACACACUCUCCGGAAGCCGGCAUUUCCCAUCCACUUUGAUUGAGCAGAAAAUCAGUGGGAGAUGCGCCCAAGAGUCGUAUCGGAUAUUUCUCUCCUCAAUUCAGUGUGCAGUCGUUUGAACAGAAACCUAUUAUUUUCGUCGGAGAGGAGGCUUAACUAUGGAGACGACCCAGAUGACCCUUCGUACUGCGACGUGCCCAAGCCUUGCAGGAGAAAGUCAGAGAGAAAGCCAUAUGUGACGCCCAUGAAAGUUUUGAUUCGAAGGGCCAGAGCGGAGAGAGAAGCUCGAAAGGUGCAGCCUUGCCGGAUGCUCGAAGAACCCCCUGACAAUGGUUUGUUGGUUCCUGAACUCGUCGAAGUCGCUCGUCAAGUCUAUCAAGCUCGUCAGUCUCUUCUUUGUGGUUUGUCGGAGCUUGUGAAAAUAAUUCGCGUCCAACGCUGCAGAGUCUGUAAAGAGGUUCACAUUGGCCAAGUGGGUCACGAGAUCCGGACAUGUACAGGGCCGAAGAGUGGUUUCCGGAAUGCAAUGCAUGUUUGGGGAAGGGGAGGGGUUCAAGAUGUGGUCUUCUUUCCAAAAUGCUACCAUCUUUUUGAUCGUGUUGGUAAACCAAGAGUUGUGCAUGACGAAAAGCAUGUCAUUCCUCGUAUUCCCGCCAUUGCAGAACUCUGUAUACAAGCUGGUCUUGACCUUGAAAAGUAUCCCACUAAAAGGAGAACAAAACCUGUGUAUUGUAUUGAGGGAAGAAUAGUAGAUUUCGAGAAAGUCAUGGAUGGGGACGAAAGUGCAAGAAAACUUUCUUGUGAGAAUGACAGUUCUUCAGCUGAGUCGCUUAGUAUAUUGAACAAGCCUGUAGAUGAUUUGAGGGAUUUGAUGGAGAAGAAGAAUUUUGUGGAGAAUGGCAGAAACUGUUUAGAGCAGUUGAGCGAUGAAGAAAGGAAAACAUUGAGGAAUUUAGGCAUAAAGACACUGAACUCUUGGUUUGAGAUGACAUCAGGUGCAAGGAGAAUAAUGGAGAAGUAUACUGUAAAUACUUGUGGAUAUUGUCCUGAGGUCCAGGUGGGUCCUAAGGGACACAAAGUAAGAAUAUGUAAAGCAUCAAAGCAUCAGUCUCGAAAUGGUUUGCAUGCAUGGCAAGAAGCCACUAUAGAUGAUCUUGUAGGUCCAAAUUAUGUAUGGCAUGUUCAGGAUCUUAAUGGCCCUGCUUUGAACAAUGAUUUGAAGAGGUAUUAUGGCAAGGCUCCAGCUGUGGUGGAACUAUGUGUGCAUGCUGGAGCUCCGAUUCCUGAUGAAUAUAGGAGUAUGAUGAGAUUAGAUGUGGUUCCCCCAGAUCGAGAUGAGGCUGACCUUGUUACUUGAAAUGCUUUGCAUUUCCCAGAUGUAUUAUAUGUUGACUAUGCUUGGAGUUCAUCAGACCAUAUCGCAAAAAGCUUGACCUUGAGUCUGAACAGACCUGAACCCAGGUAGCUUGAAAUCACUGUUUUCAUAUAUUCUCAAGAAGAAUACCAGCUUAUGCUGUGUUCGGAAAGUAUUUGCAGCUUGAAGAAGAAUGAAAGAAAUUGCAUUAUUGUAAUUUCGAAUUGUCAGUGGAUAUUAUUAGUGUGACGGACUA